UGAGGAGCCAGACGCUGGCGGAGUGCGCGAGAGCUGCUGAGAACUAGUCCCUUGACCGCAGCGCCAGCGCCACUUAUCCAGGAGAUAUCCUUGAAGAAAGGUGACCUCGCCUACUUCCUGUUUUCUUCUUUUGCUGGAUAGAAGGCACAUGUGAUGGUUACCAUGGCAGCUGAACCCAUCAUGAUGGCACCCAUUUGUCUAGUGGAAAACCAGGAAGAGCAGCUGAGCCUGAAUCCAAAAGCAUUAUGGAUUCUUAACAAGAUUUCUCAGCCUGUGGUGGUGGUGGGCAUUGUAGGGCUAUACCGGACAGGAAAAUCCUACCUGAUGAACCGUCUGGCAGGACAGAAACAUGGCUUCUCCAUGGGUUCCACAGUGAAGCCUAAAACCAAGGGCAUUUGGAUGUGGUGUGAACCCCACCCCUCUAAGCCGAACCAUACGCUGGUCCUUCUGGACACUGAGGGUCUAGGUAACUUGGAAAGGGAAGACCUUAAGAAUGACUCCUGGAUCUUUGCCCUGACUGUGCUUCUGAGCAGCACCUUGAUCUACAACAGCUUGGGCACCAUCAACCACCAGGCCCUGGAGCAGCUGUACUAUAUGACUGAACUAACACAGCUAGUCAGGGCAAAGUCCUCCUCAGAGUACAAUGGGGUAGAGGACUCUGCCAAGUUUGUGAGUUUCUUUCCAGAUUUUAUUUGGGCUUUACGAGAUUUCACAUUGGAAAUGAAGAUAAAUGGACACUCCGUAACUGAAGAUGAGUACCUGGAGGACGCCUUGAAGCUGCUUCCAGGAACAAAUCCCAAAAUCCAAAAUUCCAACAUGGCCAGAGAAUGUAUCAGGCAGUUCUUCCCAAAACGGAAGUGCUUUGUCUUUGACCGGCCUACAAAUUACAGAAAUCUCCUAUCCUGUCUUGAGAAUGUGCCAGAAGACCAGCUGGACAGUAGUUUCCGGGAGCAAUCAGACAAAUUCUGUACCUAUAUUUUCACUCAUACAAAGACCAAGACCCUACGAGAGGGAAUCAUUGUUACUGGGAACCGGCUGGGGACUCUGUUGAAAGCCUAUGUGGAUGCCAUCAGGACGGGAGAAAUUCCUUGCUUGGAGAACGCGGUGAUAGCUCUGGCCCAGCGUGAGAACUCCAAAGCCGUGCAGAAGGCAGCCGACCACUACAGCGAGCAGAUGGCCCAGCGAGUGAGGCUUCCCACAGACACGCUCCAGGAGCUGCUGGAUGUGCAUGCGCACUGCGAGAGGGAAGCCAUUGCAGUCUUCAUGGAGCAUUCCUUCAAGGAUGACAAACAGGAGUUUCAGAAAAAUCUCAUGGACACCAUAGAGAAAAAGAAGAAGGAUUUCUUGCUGCAGAAUGAAGACUCAUCUGUCAACUAUUGCCAGACAAAGCUUAAGCAACUUUCAGAGCCUCUGAUGAAAAGUAUUUUAAGAGGAACUUUCUGUGUUCCUGGAGGACACAGUCUCUACUUAGAAGCAAAGAAGAAGGUUGAAUGGGACUAUAACCUAGUGCCCAGAAAAGGGGUUAAGGCAAAUGAAGUUCUCCAGCACUUCUUACAGUGCCAGGUGCCAAUAGAGAAAUCCGUUCUGCAGGGGGACAAAGCCCUCACCUGUCAGGAGAAGGAGCUGGCAGCUGAGCGGGCUAAGAAGGAGGCAGCUGAGAAGCAACAGGUGCUGCUAACUCAGAAACACAAGGAGCAGCUGCAAAAAAUGGAGGCUCAAGAGAGAAGCUUCAGGGAAAACAUAGCCCAGCUGAAAGAGAAGUUGGAGAGGGAAAGAGAAAGCCUUCAGAGAGAGAAGGAAAAAAUGCUGAUGCACAAGCUGAAGGUCGAAGAAGAACUUCGUAAUGAGGGAUUUGAAAAGAAGUCUGAGACGCUGCGUACAGAGAUACAGCUACUAAAAAAAGAGAUUGAGGCAAUUAAAGAUAAACAUUUGUUGAGUCCAUGCCUUGUUGAUGUGACUGAUGGAGUGUUUGGUGAAGAAAUCCUGGAUCCUACUGAGCGGGCUAAGAAGGAGGCAGCUGAGAAGCAACAGGUGCUGCUACCUCAGAAACACAAGGAGCAGCUGCAAAAAAUGGAGGCUCAAGAGAGAAGCUUCAGUGAAGGCAUAGCCCAGCUGAAAGAGAAGUUGGAGAGGGAAAGAGAAAGCCUUCAGAGAGAGAAGGAAAAAAUGCUGAUGCACAAGCUGAAGAUACUAGACGUUUCCGGUUUCCAGAGACAGGAAGCACAGAUUCCCUAAGGAUAUCAUUGUGCGUGAUGAUUUUUAUCAGCUGAAGAAUUGCAUCAAAUAGAUUGGCCUGAAACUGCUUAAAGUCUGCAUUUCCAGGAACUCCGUGUGGUUUAGAGUAUCAUCAGUUUGAGGCUCCUUCUUCUAAUGUUUCAGGAUGCUAAAUGGGACUCUUCCUAUUAGGGGUCCACUAAGAGCCCUGGACUGAGAACACUAAGUGCCAAAUAACAACUAAUUCCAAAGCAAGGUGCCACACCAGCUUUUACAGAGUUAGGUUAAACUCAAGACAAUGGAAGAAAAAUAAUAUGAUCAUAUCAGUUAAUGAAGAAAAAGCAUGUGACAAAAAUCUAACACUCACUCAUGAUAAAACCUUUCACAAAUUAGAAAUAGUGGAUACUUCCUCAAUUUGAUAAAGAAUAGCUGCAAAAAACCUACAGCUAACAGCACACUUAAUUGUGAAAAACUAGAUGCUUUUCCGCUAAGAUUAGAACUAAGGCAAUGAUGUCUGCUUUCACUACUUCUAUUCAACAUCAUACUAGAAGUCCUAAUGAAGUAAGACAAGAAAAGAAAAUGAAAGGUAUAUAUAGAUAAUUUUUAUGUAGAAAAUCUCAAAACAUGAACAAUAAAAACAAAAACUCCUGACUGAUAAGUGAUUAUAGCAAGGUUGCAGGAUAGAAGAUGUACAUAUAAAAACCAAUUGCUUCUCUUUUCCUCUUUCCCUCUUCCCCUCCCCCAGGUCUUCCAUUAGGUUUCUCCCGUUUUCCUGUUAGACCUA